AUGCCAACCGAUCCUUCCAACCCGCUAACCUACCUCCUGGGCCCACCCGUCUACAAAGACUGGCUCCUGCUGAGCGCCAAAACAAUCCGCGCGCUUCUCUGGGCCUUCCUCGUCGCAUCGUGGGUCUUCGUCUCGGCGCGAGUGGCCAACGGACAACUCCCCACCAAGAGCCUCGGCACCUAUGCCAUCUGCCACGUUUGGAUCGGCUGCGCGACGUCGGACGUGCAGAUCUUGUACAUGCUGCUGGCGUCGCUCGGCGGCAACGAGAUGGUGGUCGCUGCCAUGGGACGCGGCCGUGCCAGGGCGAUGAAUGUGGUUGCGUUUGUCGGGACUUGGUGGAUCGGCUUGUGCUUUUAUCUCUGGCCAAGGGAGCUAGGGGAGAUGGGUAGCUCUGCUACUGUUGCUUCAACUUCGGCCUUGCGGGGGUUGGGGUGA